AGCCGUACCCGCCCCUUCCGCCCCCGCCCCCGCCGGCCUCGCCACGCCUCCUGCCAAGCCACGCCCUCCCGCGGCAAAGGCGGCGGCACAGGCACAACUCACACGAGGACCAGCAAGGCCCGCUCCGGCCUGCGACAGGACUCGAGAGAAGAGACCGGCAGAGGAGGACCCAUUUCCGAUGAGGUGUCCCUGAGGACCGGGAGCGCCUGUCACCCUGAGGUUCCUGGUGGGUGCCCGUGUCCCACUGUGAUGCCUGUUGCAUGGCCAUGUCCCAGUGAAGUGUGUUGUGGUUCUGUCCGCGGCAGGCACAGCAGUGGGAGCAGCAGGCUUCAAAAUCCACCUACACAGGUCCUGCCCAGCUCCGCCGCAGCCUCCGUCGCCUGCCGGGCUGGUGGAGAAAGGCCUCGUGACGUCACAGAGCCUUGCGUGACAUCAGCCCAUGACUUGGCAGGUCGGCAACCCCCUUGCAAGCACAGACACGCGAGGCGGCCACUCGGUGCUGGUGGUCACUGCCUGAACUCUGCUCAGGGUAACAGCCCAAGCCAGCUCGUGCAUCGAGAUCUUUUUCCUCAGGAGAGACCAUGAUAACUCUCAGCCUGGCUCUCCCCCUGACCGUGGCUCUCUGCACGUUGUCACUGUUGCCUGCUGGUCUUCGCAUUUACAUCAACCCCACCUGGCUCAUUGUGGAGAGUGAAGCUCCUCCUGAAGACCUGAAGCAGCCACCCGUUGAUGCGGAGAGCAUGACCACCGAAUGGGACAGCAGCAUCGACGUUCAGAGCCCCUACGGCUUGGUUAGGAUCAUGAUGGACGCUGUUAUUGAGGGUCUGAGGAAGCUGCCCUUUGUGGGAGAGAGCAUGGUCCCCAAACGGCACAGCAGCACUGGCCCCCGCAGCCCCCAGAGCUGGGUCAGGCUCAGGAAGGACGUCGCUCCUGUGGGCCCGAAGGAACUGCCCGUUGUCGCCAAGAGCGUGGCCUCUGACCCGCCCUACCCUCUGGGCCAGCUUUGGGACUCCCUUGCCCAGGCGGACAGGACCCAGCUGUGUUGCAGGGCCUUGCAAAGCCUGUGGCUGUGCUUCCUGUCUUGGGUUGCACUUCGCCUCUGGAGAAAUGGGAACAGACCCCAGGGACAGGGAAAGGAACGGCCGGCCUCAUCUUCUGUGGGAACAGACUGCUCGGAGGAGGGCACCUUCAGCUCUGAUGAAGCCGUCCACCAGCUGGAGGCCAAAAUCACCCCGCUGGCCAGGUGCACCAGGCUUGUCUACCGCCUCCGCCUGAAAGUGUUCCCGCACCAGCACUCCGAGAAGAAGGCGGAAGGCGAGGCAAGCGGAGGAGAGCCUUCUCUAGCUCCCUGUGCACCUCCACCUAGGGCGUGCUCUCGGCGGAUUGGCAAGAGGAGAUGCAGGGGUGCAAGGUGACAGGCAGCUGGUGCGUUGGGACAUGCCUCAGCCCACCAAAGGCUCCGGGAGUGAGGGCACCUCCACCGACUUCUUCUGCUGGCUGGAGGCCGUUAGCGCCCCGAUGGUCAUGCUCCUGCGGGUGGCCAUGGCCAACGGCCGGCCACGUCCUGGUGGGUCGCCCGUGCCUGUCCAGCACAACAGCCAACGGGUAUUUGCCAACUCCGUUGAGGACCUCUGGGGAGGGUCCCCCUUUUCCGCCCUCCCAAAGGUGCUGCCAGGGCCGACUGGCAUCCAAAGGGCCGGGGCUCAUCUCUGCCUCCCCAGAGGGAACAGCCAAGCAUGCCCGUGCAGCAGAGACGCCUGGGAAACUCGGCAAAACUCCUGCUGGGAGCAGCCUACUUCCUCAAUCUUCUAGCACUGCUCAGAUCAAUAAAGUGCUUUGUUCCUGUA